AUGUACCCGAUUCUGUGUAAAGUGCGGUACGAGACGCUACACCUGCUGCUGCGCUCGAAAGAACUGUGGAUUCAGAUUGCUGUAUCCUUUGUCCUGAACUGGAUCAUUGCACCACUCUUUAUGGUCGGUCUUGCAUGGGCCUUUCUGCCAGACCGCCAAGAUCUCCGAGAAGGUUUGAUCUUCGUGGGCAUUGCACGCUGCAUCGCCAUGGUCCUCAUCUGGACAGACUUGGCAGGUGGAGACGGCGAUUACUGCGCAGUUCUUGUGGCUUUCAACUCAAUUCUGCAGAUCGUCUUGUUCGCGCCGUUCGCAAUCUUCUACGUGCAGAUUGUCAGCCAUGGAGACAAGACGAGCGUCUCGUAUGAGGGCGUGGCGCAAAGUGUUGGCGUGUUCCUUGGUAUUCCGCUCGGUGCCGCAGUACUCACACGACUGGGUCUGAGGACUCUGCUAGGAGAAGACCGAUAUCAGCGACGCUUCAUCCGUUACAUCGCGCCCUUUUCGCUUAUUGGACUUCUGUAUACCAUCAUCGUUCUGUUCGCCAGCCAAGGAGCCCACGUAGUCAGGCAGAUUACCGAUGUUCUUCGCGUCUGCGCGCCGUUGCUCGUCUACUUCCUGGUUAUCUUCACCAGCACCGUCUGGUUCUGCUGGAAGAUGGGCUUCGGCUACAGGCUUUACCGCUGCAAGCAAUAA